AGCGAGAAGCGCUGAGAGUCGCACUUCCACCAGUAUUUACACACACACUGAGCAGUCUAACCUCACACACAUACAGGGCUGGACUCACACUCAGGCAGGCCUUAUCUUCUCUCGUCUCCAGAUCUACAACUACCGGGAUAUUCAGGAGUUUGAAGCGGUUUAAAUGUGCGCCGGAGCGAGCGGAACCUGCCAUCAUGGGUUUGUUAUUACCAUCCAGUGUGCUGAAGUAAGCUGGAUUUUCCCUCCGGUUUAAGCCCCACCGAUCCACUGGGGGCCACUGCCCCCAACAUCCCACCGGAGGCCCGGCAGUCAUGGCGGGAAUCAAGCGCGGGUACGACGGAAAGAUCGCCGGACUGUACGACCUGGACAAGACGCUCGGCCGCGGUCAUUUCGCCGUGGUUAAACUAGCACGUCACGUCUUCACCGGCGAAAAAGUGGCGGUCAAGGUGAUCGACAAGACCAAGCUGGACACGGUCGCGACCGGUCACCUCUUCCAGGAGGUCCGCUGUAUGAAACUGGUCCAGCACCCCAACAUUGUUCGGCUUUAUGAGGUCAUCGACACGCAGACCAAACUCUACCUGAUCCUGGAGCUCGGAGAUGGGGGCGACAUGUUCGAUUACAUCAUGAAGCACGAGGAGGGGCUGAACGAGGAGCUGGCGAAGAAAUAUUUCGCGCAGAUCGUGCACGCCAUCUCGUACUGCCAUCGGCUACACGUGGUCCAUCGUGACCUGAAGCCUGAGAAUGUGGUGUUUUUUGAGAAGCAAGGCCUGGUCAAGCUCACCGACUUUGGCUUUAGUAAUAAGUUUCAGCCUGGGAAGAAGCUGACCACCAGCUGUGGCUCGCUGGCUUACUCUGCCCCGGAGAUCCUGCUUGGAGAUGAGUAUGAUGCACCUGCUGUGGAUAUCUGGAGUCUAGGAGUCAUCCUCUUCAUGCUGGUAUGUGGUCAGCCCCCCUUUCAGGAGGCCAACGACAGCGAGACCCUCACUAUGAUCAUGGAUUGCAAAUACACUGUACCUGCCCACGUCUCCAAUGCCUGUAAAGACCUGAUAAACCGAAUGCUUCAAAGGGAUCCGAAGAGGCGAGCGUCACUUGAUGAGAUCGAGAGCCAUGCGUGGCUGCAAGGUGUAGACCCGUCUCCAGCCACAAAGUAUACCACGCCAUUGGUGUCUCACAAGAACCUGUCGGAAGAAGAACACAACAGCAUCAUUCAACGCAUGGUGCUGGGCGACAUUGCGGAUAGAGAAACCAUCAUUGAAGCCCUUGAGACCAACAAGUACAACCACAUCACUGCUACUUACUUCCUCCUGGCUGAACGAAUCCUGAGGGAAAAGCAGGAGAAAGAGGUGCAACCUCGUUCCUCCAGCCCCAGUAACAUCAAGGCCCACUUCAGGCAGUCAUGGCCGACCAAAAUCGACAUACAUCAGGACAUUGAAGACAGUUUAGCCUCCUCCUCUAUCUCUCACGCUGGGGGUCCUCAGUCUCCGGCUCGCAGUGCUGAGAGCCUGCUAAAUGGCCACCGCAGUAAAGGACUUCUGGACAUUGGCCGUAGGGAGGAUACCAGUGAAGCCUCAAGCAGUAGUUCUUCACCUGUUUCUCUGCCCUCAAACCCCCUCAAGGUUGGGCUCUUAGCACCACUUGCCUCCUCUUCAGGAAAGCAACGGACCUGCCUUUUUCGAGUGGAAGAGGAUGAGGAAGAAGAGGAAGAACAGGAGCCUUCACCGUUACUCACCCAAGUGGUGAUGCGACGCAAGCCAUUGUCCAUCACCAACAGACUUACAUCUCGUAAGAGUGCCCCGGUGCUCAAUCAAAUCUUUGAGGAGGAAGGCGAGUCAGAUGAUGACUUUGACAUGGAUGAGAGUCUUCCACCUAAGCUUAGCCGUUUGAAGAUGAACAUUGCGUCUCCUGGCACAGCCCAGAAGCGCUAUCACCGGCGCAAAAGUCAGGGCCGUGGAUCGAGCUGUUCCAGCUCAGAGACGAGCGAUGAUGACUCUGAGAGCCACCGCAGGCGUCUAGACAAAGAGGCUGGGUUUACCUACAGCUGGAACCGCAGGGACAGUAGUGAGGGUCCACCCGGAAACUCUGGGGGCAAUGGGGGUGGUAGCAGCGGCGGGCAGAGUAAACCACCUGGGGAGGGUAACUCGGGACCAGACAAGGGAAGUCCUCCAGGUGGAGGAGGGAAUAGUGGUGGAACAGGAGGGGGUGGCGGGGGUACAAAAGGACAAGGAGGCCCUUCCAGUUGUUCCCGAAGCAACAACAAUACUUCAUCCGGCUCGACGCGCAGUGCGGCUCGGACUGCCGGUGAACUUAUAGAGAGUCUUAAGCUCAUGAGUUUGUGCUUGAGCUCUCAAUUUCAGCAUCGCAGCUCUGGAGGAGCAGGAGGAGGUGGGGGAAGGUUUAUUCUCGAUCCUCAGAGCCUGUCCAGCGUCAAAGUCCAGGAAAAGUCCUCCUGGAAGAUGUGCAUCGGUUCCAACGGCAGUCUAGACAAAGUCACCAACCCUGCCUUGAACGCUAGUGUUGGGGCAACGGAGAGUUAUUCAGACCAAACGGCAGUCAUGCUGAAUGAACUCGGCUUGGUCAAGGAGAAUAACCUGAACUUGAAAAACAAUGUUCUCCAGCUACCUCUGUGUGAGAAAACCAUCUCUGUAAACAUCCAGCGAAGCCCCAGGGAUGGCCUUCUCUGUGCCUCAGCCCAGGCCAGCUGCUGUCAGGUCAUAUGACGGCGUCUUGCAGCUGGGUCUCCGAGUCGAUUGUUCCUGUUGCCACGUUUGUAGCGUAAUGAUGACUUGAGUUCUCCACCGGUAGCUGUAUAUGACCUCUUGAUCCCAACCGACCUUCAAACCUGCCUUGUAUGUCGUCAGUUAACGAUUAGUUGUGAGAAUUAACCAUUCUUACAACUUAUUUAUUAAGUUUCUUCUCUUGGACUUAUUGGGUUUUAAUGAAGUGCGCGCUGCUAGCCUUUUCUUUUGUGUGUGUGUCAUUUAGUUUUGUUCCAUUUCGAUUUUAUUACCUUAAAAUGCUCUUAACGUAAAUUCCAUGGUUCUAACAUGGCCCAAUCUAGAGUUGUGGAAACUGUAUGUAUAAACGACAUUUAAUAAAGUGAGAUAUUUAAAUUAAGACCAAAAGUAUGACAGAGCAGAACAUGGUAAAUUUUUAAACUAGCACUUAAAAUGGUUCAGCCUAAAUAAAGGUGUAAAGACUGAUUUUGGAAAUUACGCCCCAGUGUCAUUGGAGUAUCAAGGACAGUUUGAAUGGUAAUGUAGAAGCAAUAGUGAAAUAAAGAACCAAGCUUUAUUAUAAAGUCAUAGCGCUCCAUGAUUAGUCUUAAAUUGAAUUACUGUUUUGAUCACAGUCUGUUUUAUUCACUAUUUUUAAAGUGCUGUUGACUGUUUUCAUUUCACUGUUAAAAAUUGUUCAGUUGAACUAAAUUAAACUUUUGAAGUUACUGACAAUCAGUUGCAAUAACUAAAUAAGGGAAAUUCUUAAAGGAAAAUUUCCUAAAGUGAGUUACUGUAAAAUCCAGAAAACUUGGAUUAAUUGUUUUAAUUUGUUUGAAUUCUAUUGUCACACGUUCACAAGUUCAUUUGCGUCACAAGUUUCGUUAAUUUUGCGUGAAUUUAAGCAACGAUUUUUCAGAUUUAAGUGCAAUUUAUACACGUUUAAGAUGAGAAAUUUUGUAUUCCCUUAGUAAUGUUGUGUUGCCAAAUUUGCAUCCCACACCUAAAUGUGUUCAAAUUUUGAACGAAUUAUACAAUUUUAAUUGCACCGUGGUGCGAGUCCACAAGUUAUGAUACCUUGAAAAACAUACAAGUCACAGUGUAGAUAGCCUUAUCUCACAUGAAUUUGUACGUAUUUUACGAGUUUGCUAAUUCGUAUGAGUUCACACGGAGUGAAUCGUACAAAAAUUUUACAAUUAUCAACAAAAAGAGAAACCCUGCUUCUAACGCCAAUGUCAUGGGGAAAAAGCGAACCGUACUUAAAUGUGCGAAUGUGGUCGUACGAAUCAGCCACCUCAUAAAUGCAUACGAAUUGCCAUGUCAUGGCAUUGGGAUAGAAGUUAACAGGUCUGUUUCUGCCGAAAUAACAUCACACCCGCAGACAUCAGCUGUGUAGUACCGAAUAGUUCGAACCACAGCCUUUCUCUUUUACUGUCAUUAUUUCUAGACAUAUAUUUUAUCCUAAAAUGUUUUCUGGUUACAGAUCCCAAUCUUGACCAUUACACUCCCAAUGUUCUUGUACUGUUCAGCUUUGAGUUACUGUAUAUACCAGUCUCUAAACCGACUGGCCUUAUGGGCUGUUUAUAUAAGUAUGUACAUAUAUUUUUUUAAAGUUUAUUUUUUUGAAAGGACUGCUGUUUUAAAAUGCUGUGUCGGAUGUUGUUGGUGGGAUAAAACAGGGCUGUUUGUCACCUGAUAAAAGAGAGAUAAAUAAAAUCUUAUAUUCAGUGAAUGGCCACUCUUUCAGGAAACACGACUUCAAGUGUUGGCCACUAGAUGAUCGUCAUCUGGUAUAAAUAAAAGUCAAAGCGAGUGGGAAAGAGGAUUGGUUGUGUGAGAUAUUUUAAGGGCAUUUGCAAUAAGCUAUAAGUUGCAGCUAUAUGUAAAUAUCAUUUCUGUUUUGUUUUUAUAUUUCACACCUGUACAUCCUUCAAACGACUCACUUGACCGAAAACGAUCUUAAGUAUUUCUGUUUGUUAUGUCUUUAUGUUGAAAGAAUAAACUCUGUAAAUAUAAGUGUAAAUAUGGUGCUCUAUACUUAGAAAUGCAGUGUUGGACUUCUUGUUCAUAGCUGUCCUAUAGCCUUAUUAGAUAUGAGUGUCAAAUACAGAGCAGGAGAGGUCGAAAAGAAAACAGUGCUAUAUGCAUAAUGUCAAUCUCUGACUUUGUCCUACCCUAUUGUAAACAGCUUAACAACAUGUGCAUGUGUUGUGCGUUUGACAUUAUUGAUUCACGUCCAUUCAGAGAAGAAUCGCCUCGAGAUGAUGCAGGACCAAACCAUGAACUGAGGUUAAAAGAAAAUCAAAAAACGAGAUGAGUAAAUGUUCUGUUGCUGAAACUUGUCAUUAAAAGUUACAUAUAGCUAUGGUGAUGUCCAAAAUUAAAUGUGAAACCUGUUGUC